CGCGCGCACCUCCGCCAUUCUGCUUUCAGUACCGACCGGAGCCUUCAGUCGAAUACUAAAAUCGACAGAAAUGUACCAAACCCGUGUUAACAGUGGCUUCUCUAAACGGAAUUGAUCGGUAGAAACAGGACCGUUGCGGUACAGGAUCGGAAACUAAGGGAUGUCGCCGCUCAUUAAACUGCUGCGGCGAUGGCGCCGGCAAGCCGCGGGAGAGCCGACUGCCGAGGAGGAAGCAGGCGAAGAGGCGGGCGGAUCAACAGCAUCGCCCGGCACCGAAGCGCCUACCGUCCCGGCCACCACAGAGACGAUAGGCGAGAAGACAGCGGAGAUCGCUCACAAGCUCAACCUGGAGACGUGGCAACUGGUUGCCAUUCUCGUGGGAGUCGCGGUGGUGGUCCUCGGCAUAUGCUUCUGCUGCAUCAGACGAUGUUUCCGCAAGAGGCGGUCCAAAGACGGCAAGAAGGGCAUGAAGGGCGUCGUCGACCUCAAAUCCGUCCAGCUCAUCGGCUCAGCUUACAAGGAGAAGGUUCAGCCGGACAUGGAGGAGCUCACCGAGAACGCCGAGGAGCCGGACGACGGCGACUCCAAGAAGGAAGAACAGAAACUAGGGAAGCUACUCUAUAAGCUCGAAUACGAUUUCAACAGUAACAGUCUCUCUGUAACUGUGAUCAAAGCAGAAGAUCUUCCAGCUUUGGACAUGGGAGGAACUUCUGAUCCCUACGUAAAGGUGUACCUACUCCCCGACAAGAAGAAGAAAUUCGAGACCAAGGUCCAUCGGAAAACUCUCAGCCCCGUCUUCAACGAAACGUUCGUCUUUAAGAGCGUUCCAUACGCCGACGCGAUGAACAAAACGCUAGUGUUCGCGAUCUUCGACUUCGAUCGGUUCUCCAAACACGACCAGAUCGGCGAGGUGAAGGUACCGCUGUGUCAGGUGGACUUGGCACAGACCAUUGAGGAGUGGCGCGAGCUGCAGAGCGUGGAAGGCGAAGGGGGGCAGGACAACAAGUUGGGAGACAUAUGUUUCUCCCUGAGAUACGUGCCCACGGCCGGCAAGCUCACAGUCGUCAUCCUCGAAGCCAAGAACCUAAAGAAAAUGGAUGUCGGCGGCCUAUCAGAUCCGUACGUAAAGAUAGCACUCAUGCAAAACGGCAAACGACUCAAGAAGAAGAAGACUAGCAUCAAGAAAUGCACACUGAAUCCCUAUUACAACGAGUCAUUUACUUUUGAAGUACCAUUCGAACAAAUACAGAAAGUGAAUCUAGUGGUAACGGUGGUGGAUUACGAUCGCAUCGGCACGUCGGAGCCGAUCGGCAAGGUGGUGCUGGGGUACAACGUGCAGGGCACGGAGCUGCGCCACUGGUCAGACAUGCUGGCCAGCCCGCGGCGCCCCAUCGCGCAGUGGCACACGCUCAAAGAUCCCGACGAUGGAGAGAAGAAGGACUAAGGUGUCUCAGGAUUUCAUCGGUUUCCAUAAUGGUGAUGAAGAUCUACGACAACUUCGGAGAGAAGACGUACCAUCAUACAAGAUCGAAGAGUAUUUUAGUUCGUACUAUAAAUUUAAAUAUUUUGCUAGUUACAAAACUAUCCAGGAUAAUUUGAAUGAGAAAAUAUCUAUAUUAUAUUGGGUACGGUAAUAUUUUUCGCUAUUGCGUCGGCGGCUAUAAAAUUGGCUGUUUAAUGUCGUUCCUUUGUUUACAAAUAUGGCUUAAUUAAGUAGGUGUUUACCUAUUGGCUAAGUACUUUCAACAACUUACCCACAUGUCUUUCAAAAGUUACCGGUAAACUUGCAAAGUCCUUGAAUUCCAUCGUAUUCUAAAACAAAAUCUAAAUAGACAGAGCAGAGGAAUGAUGGCCGUACCGGAUGAAUGGGGGUUGAGAUAAGUCAUGACUAUUGCAAUAGAUGUCAAAGUUUUGACUCCCCAGAAAAUUAAAACUUAAUAUGAAAUUGAUAUACCUAAGUAUCCAAAUUCACUUGAAAAUUAAUUCCGAUUGGUUUAACGUUUACAUUUUUUUACUUAAUUAAAAUCUAAAAUGUGAAGCCGCUAAGACCUAGUCAAAAAUGGACAUUCAUGUCCACGUAAAUAAUACUCGUAUAAGUAAAUUGUUGUGAAACCGGCGGGGAUAGAGUGCGGAGUAGGGAUCAUAGUCCGGUAGACCCCCUUGCUUCCACGAUAGCGUACGAAGUUUGCAAAACAGAUGAAAGCCCUUCUACUGCGUUACGAUGCGUCCAGAUCUAUGCGUAAUAUUCGUAACAGGAUCGUUAACUGCUGCUGCGGCGAUGGCACACGAGCGACGCAUUCUCCAGUUUUGGACGGUUCUAUACCAACUUAAAAAGCGGUAUGGAUAUAAUAAUAUAAAAACUCCAUUAAAAUCUACUACUUUUUAAAUGGUGUGGUAGGUUUGUGAAUUAAGCCUAUUAGCACUAGCGUCUAUGUACACACUGGCAUCUCUCUCAAUCGUAAAAAAAUCUUCUUAAAGAGAUAAAUGUAAUAAACGCUAGUACUAGGCAUGGGAGUUUGGGCUUUCGUGUGACAUAGUUUUAAGUGGAAAGAUUCACUUGAAUUGCCUAUUUGUAUAUUUAUUUCAUGUAAAACGCUGGGUUGUGGGACAAAGACCUAAAUAAUUUUAUUACGUAAAUUAAAUGCUAUAAGUAUGUAGUUACUUACCAAGAAACAUUAAUCCUGAAAAGCUUACACUUACCUGUAAGAAAAUAGACAGGUAGCUCUUAACAAAUGUACAUAAUUAUAUUACCUACAUUGUUUUAGAGACGGGGUAACAUGGGGUAAGUAAUAGAGAUACAUACUAACAAAGAGAGCUUCUAAAAUUAUCUAUCCAAAUUAGAAUAAUGAACGUAAAACCUCGGUUCUUUCUUACUAUACGUACAAAAUGUAUCAGUGGAAAAGGGACAGAUGCUCCACGUCAACAAUGUCGAGUAAACAUGUGAUAGUGUAUCCCUGAGAUGAAAAGAUCAACGCUCCGCAUUUAACACUUUUCAAGGCGGAGAUUGUAUGCGAUGUGCUACGUCGUAGCCCGUAGCAAGUAAUCCCGCAUGUAGAGGAAAAUAUCGCUAGAGUUAGACCAAGAUUUUGAACACAGUUUUUUUUUAUCUGAAUAAAUCUCCUGAGAAAAACACCGUAAAAUUUGAUAACAUCAGUGGUUUCAUUAACACCUACAAUGAACGGAGGCACAGCGCGAGUGCGCGACGCACGAUAUCGGUAUCAAAUAGCUAUACUUUCUAGAAUUUAAGGUCUCUGCCCCAUCGACCUGGGGCCCGAUUUUUGAAUUCCGAUCGCUCGAUUUCGUCACUCGAGGCGGUGGAAAACGGAGAAAUGCCAAUUUUUGAAAUACGAGCGAUAGAAAUUGGGAAUCGAGUGGUAUUGACAUUGACCACUCGUUUUCAAUUCUAUUAGUAGAAUUUCAAAUUUAGAAUUUGAAAUUCUACUAAUAGAAUUGAAAAUUCUGAAUUUGAAUGCCUAGGAGUGGAGAUAUUAUUGAACGAAAUACACGAAAUCGAGCGGUCGAAAUUCAAAAAUCGGGCCCCUGGCGCUAAAAUCUUUAUGACGUACUAUGACUAUGUAAAUAAGUUACAUCGUGUUAAAUUUACAACAUUCUAUUUUACUAUCGUAAGUGUUAUAGUAUUGAUACCCUUUUAUUAUGGUAAAGUUCCUCCGUGAACGAGAAAAUCCUUAUUGCAUUUUUUUUAAUUAGCAGAGCCCAGAUACUUCUAGAACUUAAGUGCUUACACUCAAUCGCCAUGAAAAUAGGUUUCAUUGUAUGAACAUUCCUAUAAAUUAGACCUCGUUUCUUUGCCUUUGAGUGUAAAAAGGGUUCUGUAGAGUUUGCUCACUUGAGAUCUCUAUGCUAAAACUUGUACCAAUCAAACGUAUUUAUCUAAUUUAACUGACUACAAAAAAAAUAACAUAUUUCCAAAAAGAAGCUACUCUCAGAAUACAUUUUUUGUUACUAUAUUUUUUGGAUUAUUUCUCUUUCUGCGAGGAACAAUUAGGCCUAUUGAAUUUAUCUUUUAAUUUUAAGUCAUUUCAUAACAUUCCCACAGCAUUUAAAAAAAAGCCCAUCAAAAUAGUUGAAUUUAUAAUUAUGUUAGUUAAUUCAAUCUAGAUAAUUUUAUUAUGUUCGCGAAAAAUUUCGUUCAUAAUAAUUAUUAAUAAUACAUAGCAAAUGGCGACUCAAGACCGUGGAUCAUCGAAACUAGUCAAACUUACUUAUAGACCACGAUAAUAAACUUAUAAUAUAUUGUUAAAUAGUUAGAAUGUAAUUAUUGAUCCCAGGUUACAUGGUUAGACUGGUUUAUUUCUAUUUAUUUUAAUGUGUUUUUAAUCAUAAGUAACUAUUCCAUUUUAGGCUCAUUACAUCAUAUCCAACUAAACGAGAGGGAUGCAGUUAUAUGUCAGAAAGAGAAGACUAUAUUUCUAUCUUGCACUAAUGUGGCUGGAUCUCUUUAUAUCGGACAGUUGAGAGAUAUGUAUUAAAAUCUUAACGUGACGUCUGAUAAGUGAAUCAAAAAUAUAACUUAUACCUAGCUAAAGCUUGACUGUUGUUGAUCUCAAACGUAUGUGUUAUCGUGUAUAUAAUGUAAUCACAUGUUAAAUUUCACAAUCACUUUAUAUCUAUGUAUAGGAGUAAUGAGAGGGCUUCAAGUACAUUAGCUGUGCACCAACACGAAACAAGUAGGAAUAGACGAGGUUCCAAGCGAAUAAUAAAUAUAACUAUUGUUAAUAUAGAUUGUACAGCCGACCCCGACAGAUUCACCGUACACACUUUACACAAAACAAAAAACCUUUUUUAUUUCCAACAUUUUUUUACUUCGGUUACGUUUAUAUUAUAUCGGUGUAACGGUGAAUGUUUUGGGGUCAUUCCUAUUAAAAUUAUCAAGGCACGCCAGUACAACGGUCGGGCCUCAGUAGUAUGACAAUAUGGACAUUCAGCGCUAUUUAUGAAAUUUUGUAAUCGUAAUGGUAAAUUGCAAUAUGUGAAUAAUCUCUAAUAUUAAACAACACUUUGAAAUUAUAGGUGAGACAUUUGUAUUUUCAAGCUGUUUAUGUCCGUGGUCUUAUAUAAAAUGGGGACAAUUAUAUCUGUCAACAUUAUUUCAAGUAGAUGUAUUUCUCAAUACCUUUAAAUUAAAUAUUGUACAUGUUGGCAUUGGUGUGUUGAGCAGUUGUAAUAUUACUUGCUGUUUGUUACAAAAUUUAAAAUUAAAAUUUGCUGAACUAGAAUUGUAUAAAUGUAACCAAAACUUUAAAAUAUAAUUUACUGUAAACUUGAUUGAAUCUAAAUUAAAGCAGGGUUUAUCUUAUAUUCAUUAACAAGUCAUCUUGCACUGCACAUAAUACCCUAUUUGCUGAUUUCGUUUACAUGUCAUCAGUAUUGUUAUUGUAGCCCUAAAAAAGGUAUAUAUAUAUAUAUUAGUAAAAAUUGAUAAACUUGUCAUAUCACUUGCCACUUAAAUAAAAAUCAUUAUUAAUUUAUGUUGCAUUUGUUUACAGUUUUUGUAGAAAUUAUAGAAUUUUGUUAUAAAACAUAUUAUAAUUUUAACUAGAGUUUAUAUUAGUAAUGAAUUAUGUAAGCUACAAAGAAUGUCUAUAAUACAUAAUUACAUAGA